AUGAUGCUCUUGCGCCACGUGCUGAGUUUGUUGGUUCUCUCCUUCUGUUGUGUAUGUGGAUGUGUGGGAGCAGAUGCAGGAGGGAAAGCUCUUCAGGAACCUGAAUCUACUGUCGAUUGCAGUGGUGCUUCUGAUGAGAGUACUUGUCGUUCUCGUGGAGAAAACAAACCUGCUGCUUCAAGUAUUUCACCUGAUCUUGGAACAUCUAGUACUCAUGAUACUAAUACUGCGUUGAAGCAGGAGCUGAGUAAGCAAUUGGAACAAAAAGAACAGGAGACAAAGCGAGAAGGUGACAGAAUACCAGGCCAACUUGAAGGAAAUAAGGUUCAAGGCGAAACUAUCGUACCUAAUCCCUCUGGAAGAAGUACUACUGAAGAUAAUCAUGAGCUAGGAACAAAUCCAAAAGACGUUACUCAGAGUUCAUUGCCUCAAGCUUCAGACGUCGUCCACCAACCCAAAUCUCCUUCUUCAUUGUCACCUCCCAAUUCAGGUUCUACACAAGGAACAGGUGGUGGGACUUCGCAUGUGCAGCCUGGCAGUAGUGAUCUUGCUCGGGCUGCAGAGGAUAAAGCGGCUGACGACAGUAAACGAGAGAACCCGUAUACGACUGAUAACGAACAAGAAGAAGGAAAGACGCAGGAAAAAGAGAAUAACUCACAUACUACUUCUCCUUCUGAAACCAAUACAAAUAAUUCGGAACCACAUGAAAGAAGUACGUCACAAGACCAGACACCCGCUACACAAGAUUCUCAAUCAGACACCAACACAAGGGAGUCCAACAACGCGGAACCCACGAACAAUGACACUACCAAUACACCCAAUAAUGAUGAAGAAUCAACCACCAUCACAACACUUCCUCCUGAACUCACAAACAACAAGAAGGGUGAUGCAGACAGCAGCAGCAGUAUCAGCAGUUCUGUGUGGGUGCGUAUACCACUACUGAUUGUGGUUACACUGGCCUGUAUUCUUGUGUGCUGA